AUGGCGACUGCAUCCAUUCUCUCGCGCAAUCACCAAGUCACAAUUGUCGCGAAGAAUCUGCCUGGCGACGAGCCCACCAUUGAAUGGGCGAGCCCGUGGGCAGGUGCCAGCUUCAUUGCCGGAGGCUGCUUCUCCUCCCGCGAAGCAAAAAUGCAGCUUGACGCAUUCGCUGAACUGUGGCGCUGGAGCAUCGCGUAUCCGGAGUCGAGUAUUAAGCAAAUUACGGUUGAGGAUUUCCAUGAGGAUAAGACCGAGGCAGAUAUAUGGUGGAAGGAUUACAUGCCAGAGUUUCGCUUUUUGCCCUGGGAAGCUCUUCCAAAAGGCGCGAAGGUUGGAACAUCUUACAAAUCUCUCAUUCUGAGCCCUGCUAUCUUUUUACCAUGGAUGAGGAAACUGCUCGAGAACACAGGCGUCAAAUUCAAGCGCAUGAGCCUUGAAUCCCUGUCUGAUGCCCGUGAUCUGGGCCAUGACGUUCUGAUCAAUGCUAGUGGCUUUGGAUCUCUCAAGCUCAAAGAUGUCCAAGAUAUGGAUGUUGAAAUGGUUCGAGGCCAGACGAUGGUUGUCGAGAGCAACUACAACAAGAUAUUCAUGUACGACACCGGUAGGACAUAUACGUAUGUGCUACCUCGGCUGGAUGGAACGGUCAUUCUGGGUGGCACGAGGCAAAAAGACACUAUGUAA